GUGGGAACCCGGGGGGUCCGGGGACACGGCGGAACCCGGCGACCGCGGAGACACCGCCCCGCCCGCCGGGUCCCUCUCAUGUGAGCAGCUCUGGGGCUGUGGUUGCCCUUCACUCUUUGCAUUGAGUGGUGAAGAAGCUUGUUUUCAGAAGACGAAUCAUCCACUGAAGCAGGAGGUGAUAGCACCAGAGCCACAGAGCUUAGACUGCCCACUGAUGACCGUGUGAGAAGCCCAGCCGGUGCCUGCAGGGAGCAUUGGCAAGCCUUGCAGCCCAGAACCAUGGGCCAAGGGCCAUGGUGACGUGAGGCUAAUGGAGCAUGCCCGGCCCCCCCCUUGGUCUUUCCUCACCUAUACUAAGGGAGCUCUGCUCUACCCCUUCACACCUCCAGAGAGCUGAUCUCUGCUUCCUCUUUGAGAGAGCCUCUCUCUUCUGUCUUAUCCUAUUCCUCAACAGCUCCAGGACCUCCCCAAGAACCUCAGUGCCCUCCUCCCCACUUCCUCCUUCCCACGCCAUGCUCCAGCUGUGGAGAGUGGUACGUCCAGCCCGGCAGCUGGAGCUGCAUCGUCUGGUGCUGCUGCUUAUUGCCUUCAGCUUGGCCUCUAUGGCCUUCCUGGCCUACUAUGUGUCUACCACCCCCAAGGCCAAGGAGCCCCUCCCCCUGCCCCUGGGUGACUGCAGCAGCAGUGGGGCAGCUGGGCCUGGGCCAGCUCGGCCCCCAGCCCCACCUUGGCCUCCCCGGCCCUCAGAAACAGCUCGCACUGAGCCUGUGGUGCUAGUGUUUGUGGAAAGUGUAUACUCACAGCUUGGCCAGGAAAUUGUGGCCAUCUUGGAAUCCAGCCGUUUUCGAUAUAGCACAGAGCUAGCCCCUGGCCGGGGAGAUAUGCCCACGUUGACUGAACGUGCCAGGGGUCGAUACGCUCUUGUCGUCUAUGAGAAUCUGCUUAAAUACGUCAACCUGGAUGCUUGGAGCCGUGAGCUUUUGGACCGAUACUGUGUGGAAUACGGGGUGGGCAUCAUUGGCUUUUUCCGUGCCCAUGAGCACAGCCUGCUCAGCGCCCAGCUCAAAGGCUUUCCUCUCUUCCUACAUUCCAAUCUGGGGCUGCGUGACUAUCAGGUGAACCCUGCUGCUCCCCUGCUGCACCUCACUCGGCCUAGUCGUUUAGAACCUGGGCCCCUGCCUGGAGAGGACUGGACAGUCUUCCAGUCCAACCACAGUACAUACGAGCCAGUGCUGCUGGCCAGCCCUCGCCUGGCUGAAGCCUCUGCCCUGGGCCCGGUCCCCCGCCGUGCCCGCCUGCCCACGGUGGUACAGGACCUGGGGCUACAUGAUGGCAUCCAGCGGGUGCUUUUUGGGCACAGCCUCACCUUCUGGCUUCACAAACUAGUCUUUGUGGAUGCUGUCGCCUACCUCACUGGGAAGCGCCUCUGCCUCGCCCUCGACCGCUAUAUCCUGGUGGACAUUGACGAUAUUUUUGUGGGCAAGGAAGGCACCCGGAUGAAGGUGGCCGAUGUUGAGGCCUUGCUCACUACACAGAGCAAACUCAGGGCGUUGGUCCCCAACUUUACUUUCAAUUUGGGCUUCUCUGGCAAGUUCUACCAUACAGGGACAGAGGAGGAGGAUGCAGGGGACGACAUGCUCCUGAGGCAUCGCAAGGAGUUCUGGUGGUUUCCCCAUAUGUGGAGCCAUAUGCAGCCACACCUGUUCCACAAUCGUUCUGUGCUGGCCGACCAGAUGAGACUCAACAAACAGUUUGCUCUGGAGCAUGGGAUCCCCACGGAUCUGGGGUAUGCAGUGGCUCCCCACCACUCGGGCGUGUACCCCAUCCACACACAGCUCUAUGAGGCCUGGAAAUCUGUGUGGGGGAUCCAGGUGACCAGCACCGAAGAAUAUCCCCACCUCCGCCCUGCACGCUACCGGAGAGGCUUUAUUCACAAUGGCAUCAUGGUCCUGCCGAGACAGACAUGUGGUCUCUUCACUCACACCAUCUUCUACAAUGAGUAUCCUGGUGGCUCUCGAGAGCUAGACCGGAGCAUCCGUGGUGGAGAGCUCUUCCUGACUGUUCUGCUUAACCCGAUCAGCAUCUUCAUGACCCAUCUAUCUAACUAUGGGAAUGAUCGGCUGGGCCUGUACACCUUUGAGAGCCUGGUGCGCUUCCUGCAGUGCUGGACCCGGCUGCGCCUGCAGACUCUGCCCCCGGCCCCCUUGGCGCAGAAGUACUUUGACCUCUUCCCUCAGGAACGCAGCCCGCUCUGGCAGAACCCCUGUGAUGACAAGAGACACAAAGACAUCUGGUCCAAGGAGAAGACGUGUGACCGGCUCCCCAAGUUCCUCAUUGUGGGGCCCCAGAAGACGGGAACCACAGCGGUCCACUUCUUCCUGAGCCUGCACCCCGCUGUGACCAGCAGCUUCCCCAGCUCUAGCACCUUUGAGGAGAUCCAGUUCUUCAAUGGCCCCAAUUACUACAAGGGUAUCGAUUGGUACAUGGACUUUUUCCCAGUCCCCUCCAAUGCAAGCACUGACUUCCUGUUUGAGAAAAGCGCCACCUAUUUUGACUCCGAGGUUGUGCCACGUCGAGGAGCGGCCCUUUUGCCCCGUGCUAAGAUCAUCACAGUACUGACCAAUCCCGCUGACCGGGCCUACUCCUGGUACCAGCAUCAGCGAGCACACGGCGACCCUAUGGCCCUGAACCACACCUUCUACCAAGUGAUCUCAGCCCCGGCCCAGGCGCCUCCUGCACUGAGGGCCCUGCAGAAUCGCUGCCUCAUCCCUGGCUACUACUCCACUCAUCUGCAGCGCUGGCUCACCUACUACCCCUCUGGGCAGGUGCUGAUCGUGGAUGGACAGGAGUUACGCACAAACCCAGCAGCUUCCAUGGAAAGCAUCCAGAAGUUCCUGGGUGUCACCCCUGUUCUCAACUACACAAGAAGCCUCAGGUUUGAUGAGGGGAAGGGAUUCUGGUGCCAGGGGCUAGAGGGUGGCAAGACACGAUGCCUGGGCAAGAGCAAAGGACGGAGGUACCCAGACAUGGACCCUGAGUCCCGCCUUCUUCUGGUUGACUUUUUCCGGGACCACAAUUUGGAAUUGUCUAAAUUGCUGAGUCGGCUCGGGCAGCCACUGCCUUCUUGGCUUCAGGAGGAGCUGCAGCGUUCGGGCCUGGGCUGAGCAUCCAGACCCACGGAUAUCCUACAAGAGGUCCCUUGAGGAUAGAAGACCAACAGGGACACCAGGCUAGCUCAGUCACUCCCCCUUCUAUCUCAGUGCCGUCAGGCCUGGGUGGGCAAGGAGGAGAUAGGAGCCUGGCUUUUUUUUCUACGACUUUUAAGCCCUUAUGAAGGGACCCACUCGUGCAUCCUUUCUGGGGCCCAAGGCCCAACCUGAUCAGGGCCCUUCUGUUUACGGGGAGGAAGGAUAACUGCUAGGUGGACAGCUGGGAAGCGAUCGCCUCUAAUGACUGCCAGCCCACAUUCCCAGCAGCACAUCUCUACUUUCCUCAGAGGAGGCAGCCUCCGAGAUCAUGCAGGUUCUCUUGCUUUUAUGAACCCUUCAAUCAAAGGGGUCACCCUGCAGUCUGGCCUCCCUAUGUCAUUCACAUUGAAUGGGGGUGAGGUCAGAGAGCAGCUCCUGGAGCUGAGAAUAAGGCUAGGAAGAUCCUUAAUAAACAUCAUUAUUUUUCUG